GAUGCCGGGAGGGCCCAAGAUGGCGCCGGGUGGCCUGGGGGAAUCUGGGCCUAGGCCGUCGCUCGACCUGUGAACCCGGGGGGGAGAGAGGGGCUCCAGGUCGCCGCCAUGGCCACCCUCGACAAGCUCAUGAAGGCCUUCGACUCCCUCAAGUCCUUCCAGCAGCAGCAGCAGCAGCAGCCGCCGCCGCCGCCCCCAGCACCACCUGCUCCUGCUCCUCCUCCUCCUGCAGGACCUGCUCCUCCUCCUCCGCCCCUGCCCGAGGAGCCGCUCCAACGACCAAAGAAAGAACUGUCCACUACCAAGAAGGAUCGAGUGAAUCACUGUCUGACAAUAUGCGAAAACAUAGUCGCUCAGAGUCUCAGAAACUCUCCGGAGUUUCAGAAACUGCUGGGCAUCGCCAUGGAGCUCUUCCUUCUGUGCAGCGACGACGCCGAGUCCGACGUCAGGAUGGUGGCGGACGAGUGCCUCAACAAAGUUAUCAAAGCUUUGAUGGAUUCCAACCUUCCCAGGUUACAGCUAGAGCUCUACAAAGAAAUAAAAAAGAACGGGGCUCCGCGGAGCCUGCGCGCCGCGCUCUGGAGGUUUGCCGAACUCGCCCACCUGGUCCGCCCGCAGAAAUGCAGGCCGUAUCUGGUGAACCUGUUGCCCUGCCUGACCCGGAUCAGCAAGCGGCCCGAAGAGUCCGUGCAGGAGACGUUGGCCCAGGCCGUCCCGAAAAUCGGGGCGGCCUUCGGCAACUUCGCCAACGACAACGAGAUCAAGGUCUUACUGAAGGCGUUCGUGGCCAAUCUGAAAUCGAGCUCCCCGACCAUCCGCCGCACCGCGGCCGCCUCGGCCGUGAGCGUCUGCCAGCAUUCCCGGAGGACCCAGUAUUUCUAUACCUGGUUAUUGAACGUGCUCGUAGGCCUGCUGGUUCCCGUGGAGGACGAGCGGCCCACCCUGCUCAUCCUGGGCGUACUCCUCACGCUGAGGUACCUGAUUCCCCUUCUGCAGCAGCAGGUCCAAGACACCAGCCUGAAGGGAAGCUUCGGGGUGACCCGGAAGGAGGCCGAGGUCUCCCCUUCGGCCGAACAGCUCAUCCAGGUCUACGAGUUGACUCUGCAUUACACCCAGCACCGAGACCACAACGUGGUGACCGGGGCGCUGGAACUCCUGCAGCAGCUGUUCCGGACCCCGCCGCCCGAGCUCCUGCGGGCCCUCACCGCCCCGGGGGGCAUGGCGCCGGGCGGCGACGGCGAGCCCGGCGGCCGGACCCGCAGCGGGAGCAUCGGCGAACUGCUAGCCGGAGGGGGGCCUUCCUGCAGCCCUGUCCUUUCAAGAAAACCAAAAGGUAAAGUGCUCUUAGGAGAAGAGGAGAGUUUGGAGGACGAUUCCGAAUCCCGGUCGGAAAUCAGCAGCGCGGCCUUCACAGACUCGACGAAGAGCGAGGCGGCGGACGAGGCGGCGGCGGGCCCUUCGGCCGGGUCCCCCCCCGGCUCGGCCGGCCCGGCGGCGGCGGGGCACGACAUCAUCACGGAGCAGCCCCGCUCCCAGCACACCCUGCAGCCGGACCCGGCCGACCCGAGCGGCCGCGACGCGGCCGGAGCCGCCCCCGACGGGGACGGGGACGACGUGCCGAGCCCCGGCUCCGGCCAGAUCGGCGCCGUCCCCUCGGACCCCGCCGCCGACCUCGACGACGGCACCCGGGCCUCCUCCCCCGUCAGCGACAGCUCCCAGACCACCACCGAGGGGCCCGACUCGGCCGUCACCCCGUCGGACGGCUCGGAGACGGUGUUAGACGGCACGGACGGCCGGUAUUCCGGGAUGCAGCCGCCGGACGAGGACGACGAGGCCGGCGGCGACGACCCCGACGGGGCCGCGGAGCCUUUCGGGGCCUCCUCUCUCGCGACGCGGAGCCCCGGGCCCCCGGCGACGGCGGAAGGCCUCCGGCGGCCCGACCCUCCGCCGCGCGGCGGCCACGGCCGGCGGCCCUCCGACGGCAGCGUCGACAGGCUCCUCCCCCGAGACGACGCGCCGGACCCCGCGGACCCCGAGAGCGAGCCGUCCAGGAUCGGGGGAGACGUCGGACGCCGUACCGACGGGAACUCGGCCCCUCUCGUCCACUGCGUCCGUCUCCUGUCCGCCUCGUUCUUACUCACCGGGGAAAAAAGCGCGUUGGUUCCCGACAGAGAAGUCCGAGUCAGCGUGAAAGCCCUGGCCGUGAGUUGCGUCGGAGCCGCCGUGGCCCUCCACCCCGAGUCUUUCUUCAGCACGCUGUACAGGACGCCGCCGGACAGCUCGGGGGCCGCCCAGCGGCCCGAGGAGCAGUACGUGUCGGAUAUCUUAAACUACAUCGACCACGGAGAUCCCCAGAUCAGAGGAGCCACUUCCAUUUUAUGCGGGACCAUCAUCUACUCCAUCCUCAACAAGUCUCGGUUCGAUGUGGAAAGCUGGCUGUCGAGGGUCAGGGGUUCGACAGGAAAUGCCUUUUCUCCGGUCGACUGCAUUCCUCUGUUACAGAAAAGUCUGAAAGAUGAAUCUUCGGUGACCUGUAAGCUGGCUUGCACCGCCGUGAGGCACUGCGUCAUGAGUUUAUGCAGCAGUAGCUAUAGCGAGUUGGGCUUGCAGCUGAUCAUCGACGUCCUGACGCUCAGCCAUAGUUCUUACUGGUUGGUCCGGACGGAGCUUUUGGAAACGCUCGCGGAAAUAGACUUCAGGUUAGUCAGCUUUUUGGAGGCGAAGGCCGAGCAUCUGCACAGAGGCGCCCAUCAUUACACCGGGUUGUUAAAAUUGCAAGAGCGAGUCCUCAACAACGUCGUCGUCCACCUCCUCGGAGACGAAGAUCCCCGGGUGAGACACGUGGCAGCGUCUUCGUUAAUGAGGCUCGUUCCGAAGCUGUUUUACAGCUGCGACCAAGGUCAGGCGGAUCCGGUAGUAGCGGUGGCGAGGGAUCAGAGCGGCGUCUAUCUGAAACUCCUCAUGCACGAGACGCAGCCCCCGUCCCAUUUCUCCGUCAGCGCCGUCACCAGAAUGUACAGGGGCUACAACGUGCUUCCAAACGUAACCGACGUCACCGUGGAAAAUAACCUCUCUCGGGUCAUCGCGGCAGUUUCUCACGCGCUGACCACGUCAACUACCCGGGCUCUGACGUUCGGUUGCUGUGAGGCGUUAUGCCUACUCUCCGCCGCCUUUCCAGUCUGCACCUGGAGCUUGGGAUGGCACUGCGGCAUCCCCCAGCCGAGCCCCCCGGAGGAGACCCGCAAGAGCUGUACCGUCGGAAUGGCCAGCACGGUGCUGGCCCUCCUCUCGUCCGCCUGGUUUCCUCUGGACCUCUCCGCCCAUCAGGACGCUCUGAUCUUAGCCGGGAACCUGCUGGCAGCCAGCGCCCCGAGAUCGCUGAGAAGCCCGUGGGCGUCCGAAGAGGAAGCCGGCCCCGGGGCCACGAAGCAGGAGGAGCCCUGGCCCGCUCUGGGCGACAGGUCCCUGGUCAACAUGGUAGAGCAGCUCUUUUCUCACCUCCUGAAGGCCGUCAACAUCUGCGCCCACGUGUUGGACGACGUGGCCCCCGGCCCGGCCUUAAAGGCCGCCCUGCCCUCCCUGACCAACCCGCCGUCCCUGAGUCCCAUCCGACGGAAGGGGAAGGAGAAGGAACCGGGAGAGCCGACCUCGGUUCCGCUGAGUCCCAAAAAGGGCCCGGAGGCCAAUCCAGCUUCUCGGCAAACCGACACGGCGGGCCCCGCUCCAGCGAGUAAAUCCUCCUCGCUGGGGAGCUUCUACCAUCUUCCGUCGUACCUCAAGUUGUAUGACGUCUUGAAAGCCACCCACGCCAACUAUAAGGUCACCCUGGAUCUCCAGAACAGUAACGAAAAGUUCGGAGGCUUUUUGCGCUCUGCUCUGGACGUCUUGUCGCAGAUUCUGGAACUAGCCACGCUGCAGGAUAUUGGCAAGUGUGUGGAAGAGAUCUUGGGAUACCUCAAGUCUUGCUUCAGCCGAGAACCGACGAUGGCUACCGUCUGUGUUCAGCAGUUGCUGAAGACUCUCUUCGGGACCAACCUGGCCUCCCAGUACGAAGGCCUGUCCUCCCACCCCGGCAGAUCUCAAGGCAAAGCCCAGCGGCUGGGCUCCUCCAGCCUGCGGCCCGGCCUCUACCACUACUGCUUCAUGGCCCCGUACACGCACUUCACGCAGGCCCUGGCCGACGCCAGCCUGAGGAACAUGGUGCAGGCCGAACAGGAGAACGACGCUUCUGGGUGGUUUGACGUACUCCAGAAAGUGUCGGCCCAGUUGAAACCGAACCUUCCAGGUGCCACGAGACAUCGUGCGGACAAGAAUGCUAUCCACAAUCACAUUCGACUGUUCGAACCGCUCGUCAUCAAAGCUUUAAAGCAGUAUACGACCACCACCUCCGUCCAGUUACAGAAGCAGGUCUUAGAUCUGCUGGCCCAGCUGGUUCAGUUAAGGGUCAACUAUUGCCUCCUGGACUCCGAUCAGGUGUUCAUCGGAUUUGUGCUAAAGCAGUUUGAGUACAUCGAAGUGGGGCAGUUCAGGGAAUCGGAGGCGAUUAUCCCCAACAUCUUUUUCUUCUUGGUAUUACUGUCUUACGAACGUUAUCACUCGAAGCAGAUCAUCGGAAUUCCUAAAAUCAUUCAGCUCUGCGACGGCAUCAUGGCCAGCGGGAGGAAAGCUGUGACGCACGCUAUACCAGCGCUCCAGCCCAUCGUCCACGAUCUCUUCGUCUUGAGAGGGACGAACAAAGCGGAUGCCGGGAAGGAGCUGGAGACCCAGAAGGAGGUGGUGGUGUCGAUGUUGCUCAGACUCAUCCAGUACCAUCAGGUGUUGGAGAUGUUCAUUCUAGUGUUACAGCAGUGCCAUAAGGAGAACGAAGACAAAUGGAAGAGGUUGUCGCGACAGAUCGCGGAUAUAAUUCUCCCGAUGUUGGCGAAACAGCAGAUGCACGUAGAUUCCCACGAAGCCCUGGGCGUGCUGAACACCCUGUUCGAGAUCCUGGCUCCCUCCUCCCUCCGGCCCGUCGACAUGCUUCUGCGGAGCAUGUUCGUCACUCCGAACACCAUGGAAUCGGUGAGCACGGUCCAGCUGUGGCUGUCCGGGAUCCUCGCGAUCCUCAGGGUUCUGAUUUCGCAGUCAACCGAGGACAUAGUCCUGUCACGGAUCCAGGAGGUGUCUUUCUCCCCGGAUUUCAUCUCCUGUCAGGUCAUUGACAGGCUGAGGGCCGGGGAGACGUGGUCCCCGGGCCCGGAAGAGGAGAGGGAGGCGAGACGAGCCAAGCAUUUGCCCGAGGAGACGUUUGCCAGGUUUUUAUUGCAGCUGGUUGGAAUUCUCUUAGAAGACAUCGUCACCAAGCGAUUGCGCGUGGAUCUGAACGAACAGCAGCACACUUUCUAUUGUCAAGAACUGGGCACCCUGUUAAUGUGCCUGAUUCACAUCUUCAAAUCAGGCACGUUCAGGAGGAUCACGGCGGCCGCGGGCAGACUGUUCCCCGGCGACGGCGCGGACGGGCGGUUUUACGGCCUGGGCGGCCUGAGCCGGCUGGUGCUGUCCCUCGUCCCCACCCACCCUUCGCUGGUGCUCCUCUGGUGUCAGAUCCUGCUCCUCGUCAACUACACCGACUACGGCUGGUGGGCCGAGGUGCACCAAACCCCCAGAAGGCACAGUCUGUCCAGCACCAAGUUGCUCAGUCCUCAGAUGUCCGGCGAUAACGAAGACCCCGACGUGGCUUCCAAGCUCGGCGUGUGCAAUCGAGAGAUAGUCCGAAGAGGAGCGCUCAUCCUCUUCUGUGAUUAUGUCUGUCAGAACUUGCACGAUUCCGAACACCUCACCUGGCUCAUCGUCAACCACGUCCAGGAUCUGAUCAGCCUGUCCCACGAGCCUCCGGUGCAGGACUUUAUCAGUGCCGUUCACAGGAACUCCGCUGCCAGCGGUCUCUUCAUCCAGGCCAUCCAGUCCCGCUGUGAGAACCUGGCGACCCCCACCAUGCUGAAGAAGACCUUACAGUGCCUGGAGGGGAUCCACCUGAGCCAGUCGGGCGCGGUGCUCACGCUCUACGUGGACAAGCUGUUGGGCAGCCCCUUCCGCGUGCUGGCUCGCAUGGUCGACACGCUCGCUUGUCGUCGAGUGGAAAUGCUUUUGGCCGCAACCUUACAGAGCAGCGUCGCCCAGUUACCCGUGGAAGAACUGGAUAGGAUUCAGGAAUACCUUCAAAGCAAUGGAUUAGCACAGAGACACCAAAGGCUCUACUCCCUGCUGGACAGGUUCCGUCGCACGAUCGCCCCGGAGACGGUCAGCCCGCCGCCUCUCCUUACCUCGCACCCCCUGGACGGGAAGCAGCGGUUGACCCUCGAGACCCUAAAUCCCGACAAAGACUGGUACGUGUCCCUGGUCCGCUCCCAGUGCUGCUGCACCGAGUCGGACUCGGCGCUGCCGGAAGGCGCCGAGCUGGUCAGCGGGGUCCCGCCCGGCGAGCUCAGCUCGUUCAUGCUCAGCAAGGACUUCAACCUAAGCCUCUUGGCUCCCUGCUUAAGCCUGGGCAUGAACGAGAUGUCCGGGGAACGGAAGAAGAGCGGCCUCUUCGAAACGGCCCGCGCAGUGACCCUGGGUCACGUGUCGCGCAUCGUGAGCCAGUUUCCCGCGGGCCAUCGAGUCUUUGAGCCCCUGCAGCCCGUGGAGAUUUCAGCCUACUGGAGUGACCUGGCCGACCUCUUUGGGAACGUGGGUCUGUAUCAGUCAAUGAACACGGUCGCGCGGGCGCUGGCCCAGUACCUCGUGCUGCUCUCCAGACUUCCCGCCCAUCUGCAGCUUCCCCCGGAGAAGGAGGCGGACAGUCUGAAAUUCGUGGUGUUGACGCUUGAGGGUCUGUCGUGGCACAUAAUCCACGAGCAGAUCCCCCUGAGUGUCGACCUGCAGGCCGCUCUGGACUGCUGCUGCCUGACUCUGCAGCUGCCCGGGCUCUGGAGCUUAAUAUCCUCAGCCGACUACGUAACCUACGCUUGCUCCCUCAUUCACUGCGUCAGAUUUCUCAUCGAAGCGAUUGCGGUGGAACCUGGGGACCAACUUCUAAGCCCCGAAAGAAGAAAGAACGCUUCCAGAGGAGGCGGUGAGGACCAGGUGGAUUCCGUCGCACCCAAUCCCAGGUACGUUAGAGCUGCUUGCGAGAUGGUGGCGGAGAUGGUGGAGUCUCUCCAGUCCAUGCUGGCUCUGGGGCACAAGAGGAACGGCAGCGUCCCCGCUUUCCUCACUCCGCUGCUGAAGAACAUCGUCGUGAGCUUGGCCCGCUUGCCUCUGGUGAACAGCUACACCAGGCGCCCUCCCUUGGUGUGGAAACUUGGAUGGUCCCAACCCGGCGGGGAUUUUGGCACAGCCCUUCCGGAAAUCCCCGUAGAAUUCCUUCAGGAAAAGGAGGUCUUCAAGGAGUUCAUCUAUCGCAUCAACACGCUAGGGUGGACGAGCCGCACCCAGUUUGAAGAGACCUGGGCUACCCUCCUCGGCGUUCUGGUCACCCAGCCCAUCGUCAUGGACCAGGAAGAGACCCAACAAGAAGAGGACACCGAGAGGACCCAGAUCAACGUCCUCGCGGUCCAGGCCAUCACCUCGUUGGUCCUCAGCGCGAUGACCAUCCCCGUGGCCGGCAACCCGGCGGUGAGCUGCUUGGAGCAGCAGCCGCGGAACAAAGCCCUGAAGGCUCUGGACACCAGGUUUGGAAGGAAGUUGAGCGGGAUCCGAGGAAUUGUGGAACAAGAAAUCCAAGCCAUGGUUUCCCAGAGAGACAAUAUUGCCACCCACCAUUUAUACCAGGCCUGGGACCCCGUGCCGUCCCUGUCCCCUUCUACCACAGGUGCCCUGAUCAGCCACGAGAAACUCCUCCUGCAGAUCAACCCGGAGCGAGAAAUCGGAAACAUGAGCUAUAAGCUCGGACAGGUGUCCAUCCACUCCAUCUGGCUGGGCAACAACAUCACCCCCCUGCGGGAGGAAGAGUGGGACGAAGACGAAGAGGACGAGGGCGACCCCCCGGCCCCCUCGUCGCCCCCCAACUCCCCCCUCAACUCCAGGAAGCAUCGGGCCGGAGUGGACAUACAUUCCUGCUCUCAGUUUCUGCUGGAAUUGUACAGUCAGUGGAUACUGCCCUCGAAUCCCAACAGGCGGACCCCCGUCAUCCUGAUCAGUGAGGUGGUGCGAUCCCUCCUGGCCGUGUCGGACCUGUUCACCGAGAGGAAUCAGUUCGAGACGAUGUACGCCACGCUGACGGAGCUGCGGAGGGUCCACCCCGCCGAAGACGAAAUCCUCACGCAGUAUUUGGUGCCGGCCCUCUGCAAGGCGGCCGCCGUGCUUGGAAUGGACAAAGCGGUAGCCGAGCCGGUCAGCCGCCUGCUGGAGUGGACCCUCCGCAGCACCCACCUGCCCAGCCGGAUCGGCGCCCUGCACGGCGUCCUCUACGUCCUCGAGUGUGACCUCCUGGACGACACGGCCAAGCAGCUCAUCCCGGCCAUCGGCGACUACCUCCUCUCCAACCUCCGGAGCGUCGCCCACAGCCUCAGCGGGCACAACCAGCAGCACGUCCUGGUGAUGUGCGCCGCGGCCUUCUACCUGGUGGAGAACUACCCGCUGGACGUAGGGCCGGAAUUCUCCGCGGGAAUAAUACAGUUGUGCGGGGCGAUGGUGUCCGGCAGCGACGAGUCCACCCCGUCCAUGAUCUACCACUGCGUCCUGAGGGGGCUGGAGAGGCUCCUCCUGUCGGAGCAGCUGUCGCGCCUGGACGCCGAGGCCCUCGUCAAGCUGAGCGUCGACCGCGUCAACGUCCACAGCCCCCACCGAGCCAUGGCGGCCCUGGGCCUGAUGCUGACCUGCAUGUACACAGGAAAGGAGAAAAUGAGCCCAGGUAGGACGAGCGAAGCCAGCGCCUCGGCCCCCGACAGCGAGUCCGUGAUUGUCGCCAUGGAGCGGGUGUCCGUCCUCUUCGACAGGAUCAGGAAAGGAUUUCCCUGCGAAGCCAGAGUGGUGGCCCGGAUUCUCCCCCAGUUCCUGGACGACUUCUUCCCCCCCCAGGACGUCAUGAACAAAGUUAUCGGAGAAUUUUUAUCCAACCAACAGCCGUACCCACAGUUCAUGGCAACGGUGCUCUACAAGGUGUUUCAGACGCUCCACACGACGGGGCAGUCGUCCAUGGUGCGGGACUGGGUGAUGCUGUCCCUGUCCAACUUCACGCAGAGGAGCCCGGUGGCCAUGGCCAUGUGGAGCCUGUCCUGCUUCUUCGUCAGCGCUUCCACCAGCCCGUGGGUGUCGGCGAUUCUCCCCCACGUCAUCAGCAGAAUGGGAAAAUCGGAGCAAGUGGACAUUAACCUUUUCUGCCUGGUGGCCGUGGACUUUUACCGGCACCAGAUAGACGAGGAGCUGGACCGCAGAGCCUUCCAGUCGGUGUUCGAGGUGGUGGCGUCCCCCGGCAGCCCCUACCACCGCCUGUUAACCUGCCUGCAGAACGUCCACGAGGUCACCACGUGCUGAGGGCGGCCGGCCGGGCGCGGGGAGAAGAUCGGGGGGCUGAGGGGGCCGCCGGCUCACGCGGACGGGUGCUUCCCCCGCUCCCCCGGGAGAAUCCGAGCCCUUCCCUGCCUCCCCCCUGGGGAUGACAGAAAUAACGUUCCCCUCGGGGGUGUGGGCCGCGGACGGCGGGGGAUCGCCCCGUCGUCCCCCUCCCCACCCUUUCCCCUUUCAGCCAUCCGGGCCGGGGCGCGGAGCCCGCGAGGCCCUGAGGGAAGGCUCUGUCCGCGGAGACCGACUUUGCCUUCCUCGCCACAGAUCUCUAUCCCCAGACCUCUUCCUGGUCCCGCGGGGCUCCGACCAGCCAGAGUAGCCAUUUAGGACGCGUCCCCAUCCACCCCCCCACCCCCCUCACCCCCCCACCCAGUGGCUCUCCCAAGCGGAAAAGGAAAAGAAAUUCCAGUCUUCACGAUUAACACCCCCAGCAUGUACUUCCCGUCUCUCGGGACCCUCACCGUCCGGCGGUGUUGCGUGGGAUGGGCUCGGCCCCGGGGGAGAAAACCCGGUGACCCCCUUGGCCGCUCCGCCCUUCGUUUUCCUUGGUUCUUCUCAGGAUUUCAGAUUCGAGUAUACGAGUAAAGAGAUUAAUUUUAACUUAAAAAGAUUUCUAUAUCAUGUAAAGUAUGUAAAAUUGUAAAACCCGUUGCUGCAUGACACCGGCCGUCGGAGGAGACGAGCAAAGCCACUGACCGAAUGCCUUUCCGUUCCUCGCACCGUCCUCGUUUUCCCUUCGGGCCCCGCCUCCCCCCACCCGGUCGUUCGUCGGGUUCUCGGCCCGCCCCGGUAUCCGGAUGGCAUUUCCGGGCUCUCCCUCUCACCCCCUUCUGUGCGUUCACCCCGCCAAGAGCCAGAAUAGGGUGCGGGUCAUCUGUCUUCAGGCAACUGUGUCCGGGGGUUCUCCGGGGCCAUUUCUCCCUCGUCUUGCUUGGAGGGGUUUUGGGGGUGACGGGGUGAAAGCCAGGGCCCUUUAGGGCGGUGCUUGGAAACGGGAGGUGGGGGGUGGGGGCGCAUUGGCUAACGGGGCGUGAAGCAGCCAGGAGGGCACAAGACCCCCGAGAGACCCCCCGGUUCGACGUUUGGAAGGACGUGGAGGCUGAGGGGGGCUGGCGGUUCCCUCCUCCUCGCCCCACCAAGCUACAAAAUGGCACCCCUUUAGCCUAGAGCGGCGGCAGACCCCCCGCCCCCUAUUUCCCCUUCCCCUCGUAUCCCCCCUCACUUUCUCCCCCAACAGAGCUCCGCCUUUUGACCCUUCUCGGUUAGGGUUGUGGACGGUAGUGCCUCCCCCAUUCGCCCCUUUGGUAUAAAGUGAUUCACUCCUCCAAGGGUCACACUUUCUAAAACGUCUAUUUUGUCUAUGCCACCGUCCCCCCUCCCGCCCCCCGGAGCCCCACCUUCAGCGCAGUGGUUCGAGAUGGUAUGAACGGAAGUAAUUGGCGGUAAAGACUCUCCCCGUCCCGCUCCUCUACCGAACUGUACACGGACCCGGUAUUUCCGAGAUUCCGGCGGUGCCCGCCGCGCCGCCCAAUUAAAAGAAGUCCUCUCUGCACCGUC